AUGUGCCGAAUUGCAGUGUUGGACAUUUCCCCGAAUUGCAUGAUGAGAGAAUUAGUGGACAGUUGUUUGCUAGUUAAUCCAGCUCUCGAAAGAACUGAAGAAGAUAAAAUCGCGCUGGAUAAGUUUGAGCUUGGUUACAUUGUCAAAUGGCUCGGGACAAAUGACAAAAAGCUUCUGUACAUUGAAUCGAUAGCAAUACUUCGAUCGACGCCUGAACGCGGAGAUCAAAAGUAUCAAAAUAUGAUGUCUCGCGCAUUGGAACUGUUCAAAAGGAUUCUCGCAUUCGAAGCGAAAACUGUCUCAACUGCAAUAGUACAGAGAGUGCUGGAUAAACUUAUCAAUAAUUUAAGAAAGGAAGCGUUUCAUGAAAGUUUACAUUUCAAAUACCAUAGACUCGAAUGUGCAUACAUCUACAUGGUCAGACAGUCAUAUCCAGAACUACGCCAUGAUGAGCACAGUUGCCUUGCCACUCAUUGUUUCGAUUUAUUGACGAUGCAAGGUGUCGAACGAGGUUUAGAUGAGUCAUACGAGGAAACAGUGAAUAUCAAUUUGAAUAUGCCGAACAGAAUUGACAAGGCUUUAAAAGAAAUGUGCCCUCCGAGAGUUUCGAUGCCAAAACCUAAAUCGAAUCCAAAAUCGAUGGUUACUUUUGAUGUUAAUGCACCGGAAAUGAAUCCCACUGCACCACUGGGAGAAACUACUAUCGCAUUUUUUGAAAGUAAUACAAAUGUCGUUCCACCCCCAACACAAAGACCAUCGAAUGUGACAAUCAGGAGAACAUCGAAUGUGACAAUUAGGCGUUACCAAGCUAAUCAAGAUGCCCUAGACGAUAUGACGCAGAUUUUCGACCGCAAUUUGACGUUUACAUUGCCACCUCGUUCAAUGGCACCACUCCGUCGAUCAGCUCGACUUGCCGCCAGAAAUGGUGAAUAG